AUGCAACUAGUAGCACCACACUUCUUCCACCCACUAUCUUCUUUACAGCGUAAUUUUAUGUAUACUCUAAUUCAACCCCAAAAUUGUAGAAUUGGAAAUGUAUUUGGUCUGCUUAGACACGGCAAAAAUGGUUGUAUGAUAGUCAUAGUGCCCGGUUUUGGUGAUGGAAUCUUUUCUUCUUCCUGGCAAAUCGCACUAGAUACAAUGCUAUCCUCUAAAAAUUAUUCCAUUUUGCACUUACAUCUAUCUUCCACGUACUAUGGCUCGGGGUUACAUGGUAUAGAUACAUCGGCAAAGCAAUUGUCACAGAUAAUCGAGACUGUCAAAUUUGAUAGAUUGGUUUUGGUUGGUCACUCUACCGGGGCUCAAAUAUCCCUGGAAUUUGCUAAAAAAUUAGGUUCGAAAAUCACCAAUCUAACAUUGGUCUUGCUGGCCCCGGUUAGUGAUAGGCUAGCAAUACCUCCAAAUCCGCUAAUAGACACUGCUAGAGAAUGGAACAAGAUGGGCAAAGGCGAGAAGAUUUUGCCCGAAUUGUUGUGGAAUUGCCCAAUCACAGCCAGGCGGAUGUUGGAACUUGUGGAAAGGGGCGGAGAAGACGACUACUUUUCACCAGACCUAGACGAGCAAUACUUGAAUGCCAAGUACAAAAACGUAGUAUUUGAUCGCGCGCUGUUUGUUUACGGCACGGAUGAUGAAUAUAUUGGUGAUUUGAAUGAAUAUAAGAAACUGGUGAAUAGGAUAGCGAGAGUAACUAAAAGAAAUGUGGAAAUUAGUUUAGUUGUAGGUAAAGUUGAAGUGAUUGUAGGAGAUCACUACUUUAGUAACAGCAGUAGCAAUCUAGUAGAGGUGAUAACGCAAUUUUUAAGCGGUAAAAUAAAUAAUUAG